CUUGAUUAUCCGCGAGAAGACAAAAAAACAAAAAGUUAUGAUUUCAAGGAGUGGGAGACGACGACUCGGAGUCUCAGAUCUAGUUUCCACAAUUUCACGUUUUAAGUCGUUGAGCAGAAAGACAAGUUCCUGUUUUCUUCCUCUCCCCAAGAGAAAAGACAGAGAGAAAGAGAGAUGGAGGAAGCCUCGCAUCCUUACGUUCCCAGAGAUCUGAAACUGCCCGGAUACGUACCCAUCUCCAUGUCCAUGUCCUCCAUUCUCACUGUCUACCUCGGUGCUUCCCUCUUCGUCGUCACUCUUGUCUGGUUUCUCUUCGGGAGGAAGAAACCGCAGCUUGACAAAUUGCUCAUGUGUUGGUGGGCCUUCACUGGCCUCACUCACCUGAUUCUGGAGGGCUACUUCGUUUUCUCCCCUGAGUUUUUCAAGGACAACACUUCCUGUUACCUCGCUGAAGUCUGGAAAGAAUACAGCAAAGGUGAUUCGAGAUACGCAGGCAGAGAUUCUGCAGUUAUAGCUGUUGAAGGCAUCACCGCUGUUAUAGAAGGCCCUGCUUCUCUUCUUGCUGUAUACGCCAUUGCCAAGGGGAAGUCGUACAGUUACGUGCUUCAGCUUGCGAUUUCGCUUGGCCAGCUCUAUGGAUGCCUUGUGUAUUUCAUUACUGCUUUCCUGGAAGGAGACAACUUUGCAACCAACUCCUUCUACUAUUACUCCUACUAUAUCGGGGCUAAUGGUUGGUGGGUCUUGAUUCCUUUACUCAUUUCUUUCCGUUGCUGGAAUAAGAUUUGCGCAGCUGCCAACAACGUCGAGACGAAGACCAAGAAGAAAAUCCGUUGAAAGCAAUCUUCCAAGGAUUCUAGUCUAUCAUCUCUUUUGUGGUCUUGAUCUUUGCUCGUUUCAAGGUUGUUCCUUCAUAUUUGGGUUCCUCUUAGCCUUGUUUUAUUGUCAUGGAAAGCAUUUUUUGCCAUGGAGUUUCCUCAUUUACUUCAAAUAUCAUUCAACUUUUUUCAGCUUUUUUGCUCAUGAAUUUGGUUUCUUUAUCUCUUCGUGCUUGUUGAUGUUAGCAAUGAACAAACAAAGGGUAGAAAUAUGUCUUCUUUCGAGGGAAAUUUUCAUGUAUUAAGCUU